AGUCGUGGAAUGCGCUUGAGACCUAAGAGUAGGCCUUGCGAUCGCUGAAGGGGCUUCUCGCCUCUUCCUCACCCCAAGGGAUCUCUCUGCCGAUUAUUCGAAGCCUUAUAAAGAAAUCCUAGCUUUGAUUGGGGAAGGAGGGGAACCCUAGAAAUUAGAUCAUGGCGCACGCUGUAGGAGCUCAGGUCUCCCUAUCGGUGCCGGUUCGAACCGAUGUUUCUCUGAGGAAAUCCGGAUUGAAGGGUCGCAAUAAUCUUAGCUUCCACAAUAACCUGUGGGUGCCGUUUACAUCUUUAGAUUUAGGAAGCAACAAUGUACAAUCAAAACACCAGUUCAAGGUCGUAUGUAUGUCCAUACAACAAGCCAGCAGAAGUAAAGUUGCAGUUAAGCCUUUAGAGCUUGAGAAUGCUCAAGGGCCACCUCUCAACCUGUACAAACCCAAGGAACCUUACACAGCAACAAUAGUCUCAGUUGAGAGACUUGUUGGCCCAAAAGCCCCUGGGGAGACGUGCCAUAUCGUUAUUGAUCAUGGAGGCAACGUCCCUUACUGGGAAGGGCAAAGCUAUGGGAUCAUUCCUCCUGGUGAGAACCCAAAGAAACCUGGAUCUCCUCACAAUGUUCGACUUUAUUCGAUUGCAUCAACAAGGUACGGAGAUUCAUUUGAUGGAAAGACAGCCAGUUUAUGUGUCCGCCGUGCUGUCUACUACGAUCCUGAGACAGGAAAAGAGGACCCUUCAAAGAAUGGUGUUUGCAGUAAUUUUCUCUGUGACUCAAAGCCAGGAGACAAGAUUCGGCUCACAGGUCCCUCAGGCAAAGUGAUGCUCCUACCAGAGGAUGACCCAAAUGCCACUCAUAUCAUGAUAGCCACAGGGACUGGGGUUGCUCCAUACCGUGGGUACCUUCGGCGCAUGUUCAUGGAAGCUGUACCAACAUACAAAUUUGGUGGCCUAGCAUGGCUUUUCCUUGGGGUUGCAAACACUGACAGCCUUCUCUAUGAUGAUGAAUUUACCGGCUAUCUUCAUGACUAUCCUGACAACUUCAGGUACGACAAAGCCCUUAGCAGGGAACAGAAAAACAAGAGCGGGGGAAAGAUGUAUGUUCAGGACAAGAUUGAGGAGUACAGUGAUGAAAUUUUCAAGCUUUUGGAUCGAGGUGCACAUAUCUACUUCUGUGGUCUGAAGGGGAUGAUGCCUGGGAUCCAGGACACACUAAAGAGAGUUGCAGUGCAGAGAGGGGAGAACUGGGAUGAGAAGCUCUCCCAGCUUAGGAAGAAAAAGCAAUGGCAUGUUGAGGUUUACUAGAAAAGGCUGGAAGGUGGUAAACAAAUAAGGGCAUGGCUGCCGGAUCAAGCAUAGUUAGAUGACAUAUCUUCCCUGAUGUCAUGUGAUUUCAGUCGCAUUUAUUGCUUGCUGCUCAUUCACUGAUGCAGAAAACCCAUGUAGCAUAUGUUAGGAUGCAUAGAGAGCUAUUGGGGCAGUUUACUGCAGCAUUGUUACUCCAUUUGAUGCGACAAAUGGACCUCUACUUAAUCCAUCAGCAAUUUAUGACUUUUAGCCAUUCUUAUUUUAGAACUCUGUUCCCCAGACAUCUUUAGUAUUGGCAAAGGAGAUUGCCUCUUAUUUGUGAGAUUUGUGUUCUUGUUCCUCAGUUCUAGAGACUAUGGAGAAAGAAGUUGGGAGUAAUUUACUCUUAUGUUACUGGACU